AUGAGUUAUAUUAUGUAUAUGUUAAUAUUUUUAUUAAUAAUUGUUGGCUAUAAUUGUGAUAUAAAAAUAGUAAUUGAUGAUUUAAAAGAUGAUUAUAAUAUAAGUAUUAACAAUCGGAUAUGGCUUCGUUCAUCCUACACAAGUUUAUACAAUUCAAAUCAAUGGUUUACAACAAAGAAUAAUGAAUCUCUUCAUUUAAUUGGAAAGAAUUUUAAUGAAGGAGAUGAUUUAAUAUUAGGACAAUGGAAUGAAACUGAAUUUAUUUAUAAUUUUAAUUCAGAUGAAAAAUCCAUUAAUGUAACAGGAAGAAUUCGUCAAUGGAAAUUAUUCUCCGCAAUAACAUUUUAUUUUGAUAAUGAUUUAUUUGAUUUAAAUAAUGAUAUAUUACUUGAUAUGGAUAGAGUGAGAACAGUUUUUCCUUCAUUUUAUAUUGAAAAAUUCAAGGAAGAUGAUCAACGAGCUUAUUUUACAUUUGCAGGAAUGAUGUUGGGAGAUUUAGAAAAACAUGCAGGAAUAUGGGAUUCAAAAAGUCACUUUGAAAAAAGUGGAAUGAGUGGCGGACCAUUUAUAAUAUUUAAUUCAACACAAAAUGGUCAAGGUGAUGCAAUUCUAAUUAGUCCAUUUUCUCAAUUUAUGUCAAGUUCUUUAAGUAUAAAUGGAAAUAUUUUAGAAUAUGGUUAUAUGGGUUCAAUUAAAACAAUUCCAAAAAAUUCAACAAAUUCUUUAAUUAUUUUUUAUUCAUCCAAUGGUAUAAAUCAACUUAUAGAUGAAUGGGGAAAAUUAAUGCGUUUAGUUUAUAAUAAAACAUUGAAAUAUCGUUCAGAUGAUUUAACUAUAAAUUAUCUUGGUUAUUAUACAGAUAAUGGAGCUUAUUAUUAUUAUCAUACAGAAUCUCAAAUGAAUUAUGAAGAAACAAUAAUUGAAAUAAAAAAAAAUUUAACAAUUCCAAUUCAAUAUAUUCAAUUAGAUUCUUGGUGGUAUUAUAAAAGUUUAGCUGAUGGAGUUUCAGAAUGGACUGCUCGCCCGGAUAUAUUUCCUGAUGGUCUUGAAGGAUUAAAUAAAAAAUUGACAAAUCUUCCAUUAGCAGCACAUAAUAGAUAUUGGUCAUCUGAUACAAUAUAUACAAAAAAUUAUUCUUUUAUAAUUGAUAAUUUAAAUUUAAAAAGUCUUCCAUUAGGUAAUGAUUCAUUUUGGAUUGAUUUAUUUAAUUAUUCAUCAACAAAUUGGAAUUUAAUAUUAUAUGAACAAGAUUGGAUGAAUCAUCAAACAAUUGAUUUUAUUCCAACACGUCAAGAAUUUGAUCUUGGAAGACAAUGGUUAAUAUCAAUGGGUAAUGCAGCUAAUUUAUUUAAUAUAAAUAUUCAAUAUUGUAUGAGUUUACCACGACAUGCUCUUCAAUCAUUAGAAAUUGAUCGUGUUACACAAGCAAGAGUAUCCGAUGAUUAUUAUGUUCAUAUUGUUAAUAAAAUUCCACAAUGGAAAAUUGGUAUAUCAUCAAUGUUAGCUAAUGCUCUUGGUUUAGCACCAUUUAAAGAUGUUUUCUGGUCAAAUUCAAUUCAACCAGGUGCUCCUUAUAAAGUAACAGCUCGAGAACCAUUACCUGAUAGAGAAAUUCUAAUAGCGACUCUUUCGACUGGUCCAGUAGCUGUUGCUGAUAGUAUUAAUUAUAUUGAUAAUAUACGUAUUAUGAAAUGUUGUCGACAAGAUGGUCUUAUUUUAAAACCAUCACGACCUUUAACAAUGAUUGAUUUAUUAAUAUCUGAUUGGGCAUUGUAUAAAGGUUUUAAACAAGGAGAACUUUAUUCUACACAAACCAUUAUAAAUGAACAAAUAUUUUCAAUAAUAUUUGCAUCAUCAAUGAUACGUAAUUAUUCAAUAAUACCUUCGAUGAUUGGAUCACCUUCUGGAAUAAUAUGGUCAUUUGACAAUCCAUAUGAAUUAUUUACUUUUGAUGAAAAUCAUUCACUUUUUAUAUCAACCGAAAAAUGUAAUGAUACAACAUUUUGUUUAUGGUAUAGUUCACCUAUAUGGCAAUUUAAUGAUUCAUUAUCAACGAAAUAUGUUUUUAUGGGUGAACUUAAUAAAUGGACAUUUGUUAGUCAACAAAGAUUUUCUUCUCUCAAUUUAAAUUCUGAAAAUACUCAAAUGACAAUCAUAAUUAACGGUGCUCCAAAUGAACUUGUAGAUGUUUUUGUUUAUCAUUCCAAAUUUGAAUCUAUUAUUCAUCUUGUAUGUAGUCUUUCUAAUAGUAACGCUCAAGCACAACUAAUAAUAAAUCCUGUGAAUGUUACUUGCGUAUAA